ACUGGAGCUGGUAAAGUUUCAAUGGAAGUCACAAUCAUAAUAAUUUCCUAUCAAAUCAUACCUUGUUUAUCCAAUUCUAUCCUGUAUUAGGGAUUUUUCGAUUCGAUUUCGAUUUUCCCUUUUCCAUUUUUCGAUUUCGAUUUCGGCAUGUUUCUGUGUUUUGAUGUUUGUAAUUUGAUUUUUCGCCGAAUAUGGUGACGCGAGAGAGCUGGAUUUCUGUCUGGAUCGAUCGACUUCUCUCUUGUUUGGGGGGCAUCAAACCUGCACCUGCCAUCUCCGGGAAUAAUCUGAAUUCUAGGAUGCCAAGCAUGUCAGAUGAUUUUUGGAGUACAAGCACAUGUGAUCCAGACGAGAUGCUUACGCUUCAAUCUCGACAGAAUUCAUUUAUCAGCACAACAAACCACAACUCUAAUCAUGGAGGUGGCACUGACAAUUUAAGAAAUCAUUCUGACUUUGUAAAUCAUGGGUUUGUUCUUUGGACUCAGACCAGGCUUCGAUGGGUUGGAAAUUGUGUGCCUGCUAAACGAACUAAAAAAAAUCACCUUACAGGAUUAAGUUGGUAUAUGACUAAAGAACUCUUGCUGGAAAGCAAAAAGCCUUACCAUCGACGCAUACCUUUAUCCGAAAUGGUAGACUUUCUAGUAGAAGAAUGGGAAGAAGAAGGGCUGUAUUAUUGAGCCAGUCAAUUGGAAAAACCAUCACCCUGUGCAUACACUAUCUUUGUGACUUUUUUUUUUUUCUUUUCGUGUUUCGGAGUUCAAUUCAACGGCUUCCAUAUUAACUUGGAAUCAAUUUGAUACAAGUUAACAUACAAAAUGACACCAUUGGUUUGCUAACGUUUUCGAUGUUGGUCCAUUGGAGAUCUCUUAGGGGAAGGGCAAGUGUGAAGUAACACAAAAUUGAAGAUCUUCCGAGUGACCGGCGAGCUAAAUGGUAAGGCCCCCAUAUACUUUAUACAUACAUAUCAAACUUUCUUCAUCAGUAGUUUAAUAUAUUCAGAAGCAUCAACUUUGCAGUGUGUUUGAUGCGAUGUUGAUGAUUGACUUGUAAUUGAUUUCAAAGGAUAGAUAUAUUAAUCUCUCUAAAACAAACUCUUCCUUUGUUUUGAAUUCUGAUAAUAUUGAGCUUGAUUUUGUGGUGAUAUUGCUGUCAA